CCACCUGUAUAAAAAGGGAGGGAUCAAGUUAUAAUUUUUGUUAUUAUUGUUUAUAAAUCGUCGUGAAAAUGAGUGGUGAUGUGAUGUUUGAGGAGCCGAGGAAACAUAAUGUUUCGAAAAUGAGAGUCCAUGAUUAUUUAUACGAUUCGGCUUUCAUCGUAUCGGGAGCGCGCGAUUACGCGCGUACCGCUUUCAAAGCAGCUAUGGCAUCGGCUCAAGUGGUGUUACAACCUGUAUACAACAGCAUGUUUUCCGAGUUAAGCCUCCGACCGAGAAUGAAAGUCGUUUACCACCCAAACUGCCGGCUGCCGGACCACAUCGACCGGUCGUACAGCGCCUACCUGAGUCGCCUCAAGGAGGGGAAGAGCCUCCCCACUCCCGAACUCAGCGGCAAGGACUCCUACAAGUAUACUGCUGUUCCAAAACGUGUGCUGCCUUUGCACACAACGACUCCAGAUUUCCGACCCAACACACCACAAUUUCCGAUAGUGGGCCCUGGCAAACCGAGAUCGAGAGCCACACAGAGUAUGUUCAGGGAGUCCUCAGCGCAGACGAUACCCUGGCAACCUGACGGGAAGGCGGCUAAGGAAUGCCAGAACACUCCAGAGGUGCUGUAUCUUGAUAAACUAGAAUGGGGUCCUGGCAAGCCCUACCGUACUGGAGAUCUACCGGCUGACUUCUACACGACUGCUAUCAUUAACAAAAUGCGUCACGCCCGAGCAUGGAUGGACCUGGUGGAAGCCGGGCAGUUCCCCAGCUGGAUGAAGAGCAGGGAUUCCAUCAUCAAUGACGUCGUGGUCAAAGACUGGAUUUUUAGGGAGGGUGAAAUAGACGAGCUGCAAGACAUCCGCCUGGAGCUACUGCACCGUCUCCAGUCGGAGCAGCGAGUGAAGCAGACGAGCAGGAACAGCCAGAAGCUGGCCAAGCUGUGGGCUGCCAAGAAACAGGAGAUGGAGCGGAAGAUGACCAAUAUACGGAAGACCAGGGAUCGAGAACUCCGGAAACUAACCGCCCUGCACGAAGGCGGAGGUCGAGCGGGGCUGGUGGCUCGCAUGAGGUCGGCUCGGGGCGCCGGCUCCGUCACCCACGCGUCCAAGGACCCGACAUCCGACCUCCACGCCCCACUGGCCAGGCACGGAUACCAGGCGCGCAGGAGACACGCGGAGAUUCUGUACGACCCUGGAUUGUUGUCUCUAGAAGACCACAACGCGCUAGCAGAACCACCACCGUGGCUGGACUCCUGCGGCCAGGAUCUCACCAAGUCCUGCUCUGGACACCUUCUCCCCAGGGAUCCGACUGUCCUCUGUGAACGGGAGACCAAGUGGAGCGAGAAGUUCCUGGAGAAUCUCCAUAAUGAUUUAAAGAAGACUCGUCUUGGCGCAGCAGCAAUGACAGCAGGUCCACUCCAUGUGCUGAAGUCGCGCAAGGAGUGCUUCGUGGAGAGACCCAGGACACCUGAGGUGGAAUCGCUGGACGACCUCGAGGAGUCUGCCCACCAGGCCGCGCUGGUACUGCAGAAGAUCAUCAGAGGCAGAGCUGUGCAGAAUUUGAUGUACGAAGGUCGCACUCGUGCUGCGGAACUGACUGAGGAGUUGAAGACCACGCAUGGUCUCCAGAAAGAGGAUAAGAUCAGGAUUGCCAAUGAAGAGUCCAAGGCCAGGGAAUUCAAUGCUAGGAGGACGGAGACCGAACUCAGGGAGGACACUAUAUCAGCCCUGGUGGACGAGCUGUGCGGUGGCGCGGUGUCUGCUGCGCUGGACUUCUUGGAGAAGGAGCUCCGAAGACUCAAGGAGGAGAGGAGACAGCAUGCCUUCCUUAUGAUCGCUUUACGCGAGAAGACGAUGCGAGAAGCGGCAGAAGCUGGCAGAAGACAGAGGGAAGAGCAUCGCAGAAGAGAACAUGAUGAGAUGUUCAAACAGAUUCUGGGAGUGACGCAAGGCACAGUGGAGGCCUACCUCAGUGAGAUUAUAGAGGAGGGCGUCGAGCUGGCUGCUGAGGAGGACGCCAGCGUGAGGGCGAAGGCCCAAGCUAUGAAAUAUCAUGACGAGCUCAUUGAAAACGCUGACUUAACAACAGCUACUACCAAUGAAAUGGUGGCCGAGCUGGUCCAGCAGUUCCUCCUCCCCCACGCCACUAAGACUGCGACCAGGCUCCGCAUCAAUAUGCUGCAGAACUCCAGCCUGGAGACUGCUAGGAGCACUAUCUUUGGACUCAUCAAUAGUGCUGAGGCUAAGCAAGAGUACUGCACGCGUUGUGGCGACAUGUUGGACGAGAAGUGUAGAUGUCGCAAGUGUCCCACCAAGGUUGUGCCCAAGGAGAUGCCAUCUCGCUACGAUCCGCGAUGGAAGCUGUCCAGAUUCCGUGCCAAACCUCCGGAGAAGACGUUUGCUGAGCGGAUACCAUUGGCUCAUGAGCUGCGUUGUGUGCUUAACAACUUACUUGAUGACGUUGUGCGAAAAUCAAGAGCUGACAAGACCGAGGCGAUGGAAACGCGACGUGAGAUCAGGGGCAUACUGGAAGAAAGCAUGGAGUUCACCCUCGACGCUAGGCACAUUGUGGAGACCUUGUUCGACUUGGCUACCGCAGCUAAAGUCCUACCCGUGAAAGAUUCCAAAUACCACCACUUUAUGUGGAAGGUCCACAGCGAUGCACUGGAAAGAACUGCACCACCUGCCCAUAUGGGUGAUUGUCCGAAGGAACUGCCGUCGGAGCUCAGACGGAAGGCUGAGGCAGAAGCUAUACAGGUGCACGGCUCCAGAUGCCUUUGCGAAAAUGAGGUGAUAGGCAGACCAAGCAGGAUACAAUUCAACAUUGGUACGUUAUCAGAAGACGAGAAGAAGAAGCUCCUACCUUCAGAGCUGAGGGAGUACGAAGAAUACAAGAAAUGCAAGUGUGAUGCCGGUGAACCGAAGCCCGAUGCUGGUGACGCGCCCAUAGAUGAUGCGAUGACGGAUUACACGGAGGCGACCGAUUACUCCGCCUUCACGUAUACUGAUGAAGUGGGCGAGGAUGACGGGGAGGAAGAAAAGGAGAGUGUUUAAUACUUUCGCUAAUCAUCAUCAUCAUCAUCAACCGAGAGACGUCCACUGCUGAACAAAGGCCUCCCCCUUGGUCCUCCACGUAGAACGACAAGACUUCAACAAGAUGACUGCACGGUUGGCGCGGUGGCUGGGCAACUGGAUGCCGUGCAACGUGUCGCGGGUUCGAUUCCCGCACGCAACAACUCUUUGUGUAAUCCACAGAUUGUUGUUUCGGGUCUGGGUGUCAUGUGCAUGUGAAAUUGUAUGUUUGUAAACGCACCCACGACACAGGAGAAAAUCUUAAAGUGGGGCAACGUUUUAAAAAAAAUAAAUAAAUAAAUAAACAAGUCGCCACCUGCAUCCACUGGCUCCCCGCCACUCUGACGAUGUCGUCGGUCCACCUAGUGGGAGGUCUGCCCACGUUACGUCUUCCGGUCCGCGGUCGUAUAUAUUCCGUAUGACGUCAUCAGUACGCAUCGCAUGUAGGCAUUGCCGAUGAUGCGGUCCGUACGAUGCGGAUCAGUGGACGCAGUUGUAUGAGUUUCUAUAUAAGACAAACUGAAAUCCGUUGCGUGCGAUGCGUACGAUGCGGGCCUGCGGACGCGUACCUUUAGAAACUGUUUUCUUGUAAAAUAUAUUAUUAAUUAUGUGUGUGAUUACAUAUUUAUUGUAUCUGUAUUUAUUACUAUUAGACAUUUCUUUUGGUUUGCAGUGAGAAACCGCAAGAUGGCGCUUUUCAUAAGAUCUCUUCCAAUCACAGUCACUUUUCAAAAAUUUACGUUUUUUGAGAAAAGAAAUUGACGUGUCUGUCAAACCUAACUUGACUGCACGAUUGGCGCAGUGGUUAGGCAACCGGUUGUCGUGCAACGUGUAGCGGGUUUAUUCCCGCACGGAGCAACUCUUUGUGUGAUCCACAAAUUGUUGUUUCGAGUCUGAGUGUCACGUGUAUGUGAACUUGUAUGUUUGUAAACGCACCCACGACACAGGAGACAAUCCUAGUGUGGGGUAACGUAAAAAAAGAGAAAAAUUUGAAACCAUUUUAGGUACGGUACCUACACAAAAAUCUGAAAAUCUAAUUGAGUAUGCUAUUUUAGUAUCCAACUAUAAAAUGUUUUUAAUUCAUUCAUUUUUACUCAUUUCUAGUCAUGUUUGUAUCUCACCUACGCUUUUGUUUAAAUAAAAAAGUCUUAAUCUGA